GAUCUUUAGCGUUGCCAUCUACACGUGAUUCAUUUUAUUUCGUCGUUUCAGUAUUCCGUAAACAAUGUAAACUGUCAUAACAGGCCGCCUGAUUCAGGCGGCGGGAAUAUGAAGAAGUCUGGAUAGAUGCAAGUGCAAGUUUGGAGAAUCGUGUGAACUAAUUAUUAUCGAUGGAAACCAAAAAAACACGUUUUAAACAAUCGAAACAAUGGUUCCCAAAAGAAACCUAAACAUAGCGCGGGCCCUAUUCGAAAGAGAAUCUGGAUGGAAACCCAAAGUGUUUAAAAGUGCUUUUCAGCAAGCUGCCUUAGAACUUGCUGAACAUGAAAUAUUGCGAAGGUUACAAACGGAGGAUUUAUGUAAGUCUUUAGAUGAUCUAUCGAAAGAAACGGAGUCGGUAUUCAACAUCGAGCAGAGUUAUAAUGGACAAUACGCCGCUACCGUUCAGACGAAUAAAAGUGUAAACAUAUUUGAAGUUAGCACAAUGAAAAAAAUAGUUGAAUACCACACGAAUGAAAGGUCGGUUUGGUCGUUGUCGUUUCAUCCAGCGAAUCACAACAUAAUCGCAUUUGGAACACUUGGAGGGAAAGUAUUUGUAUACGUUAAUGGGCAAAAGACUGCUUGUUUGGACGAGCAUGCACCAAUAGGUUCAUUAUGUUUCCACCCUGUUGAUGAUUAUUUGGUGCUGACCAGUGGUAACGAGGUCACUUUUUGGGAUUGGCAGAGUAACUCAAUUAUGAACACCGGGACGUAUAAUGACUGCAAGUGUCGAUUUCUUCGAAUCACUACUAGUUCUCUGCUGGUUACGGGUAUUUCGCAAACAGUUUUAUUUGCAUCAGCAGGCAUAGGUAAAAAUUUAGCGACUGUAGAGCCUCAGUAUUUGAUGGCGUCGUUUCUUAGGACUGUUAAUUUUAUGCUCGACUCAUUGGAGCACGGAGCUACUAUGAUAGGCAAAAGUUUUAGUACUGAACUUAAGAAGCAGCUUUAUUUAUGGAACCAUCUGUUAAGAACAAUUGCCAGCAAACGGGAUGAGCUUCGUUGCUUUUUGACUGUUGCUUCAGAAGCCAAAUGCACGAAAUCCUACCUCAACACUACACUAGUUGUUUUCAAUCGAAGAAUUGACAAUAUUCUUAAAAAUUCGGAUAGGUGUAAAAUGCACAAGUGGCUUCCGUCCGCAACGAGAGAUGUCAGCGACGAAAGUAUUGACAAAUACUGCCAUGAUCCAAUGAUAUACUUUGAGCGCAUUUGCUUCAAUUUUGUGGAACAGAGAUACAGUGGAUACAUAAGAUACAUAUUCGACUUAUCUCUAGUAAAAAGCAUGUUGUAUAAGGUUUUUAAACUAUAUUGGAAUUUUGGUUUUCAAACGUCUCUGUUAGAGAACUGGCAAGAAUCUGAUAUUCCGAUUGAAAGUUUUACAAUCUCGCGCAAUCCCGGAGCAAGAAAUCAAUUUAUCCUUCAAGCAUGGGAUUUAGGAUGUCACCAAGACGCCAGUGAUUUGCCAGAUUUUAAGGAAGAUUGGAAAAAUGUAAUAACAAUUUGUUCAAUUAACAAUGACUCGAAUGUUUCCAUCUCUCAAUGCGAGCAGUUUAUAGCAUCGGUUCGGCUUAAAGAUGUAAAAGAACUAGAGGUACGCAGCAUAAACCGCACAAACUUCGGUGAAUGCAUGUUUGUAUUCAAGUUUGUUGCCAAUUUUGUGUCCCUUUCAUUUUCGCCAUCUGGUAGACAUAUCGUAAUUGGCUUACGAUGUAAAAAAGGACUCAAGUUUGCCUACAUACUUGAUAAAGACACAAGAUGGAGAAUAGGAGUCAACUCCUAUCCUGAAGCUGAUGGUACCGAGUGCCAGGACUCUGGAACGUCGUCCUCAAAUGAACUGGUCGGCUUAAGGCUAUGUCUUCCAAAGGAGUCAAAAAACUACAAAGAAAUUAACUGUAUCAAGUGGGCGGCUCUUCCAGGGUAUGGAUUACUCAUUGGACCUAAAUCAAAAUUUAUACAGAUUUGUCGAUAAUUUUAAAAAAAUAAAUAAUUUUUGAAAUCGUGUAUUCAUUUA